GCCUGCUCCCCGCGGACCGGGCCGCCGGCCCCGCCUCCCUGGCCGCGCCCCGCCGCCGCCGCCGCUGCCGCCGCCGCCCGGGAGCCGGCCCGGCCGCCAUCAUGCUGAGCCGGCUCGGGGCGCUGCUGCAGGAGGCCGUGGCGGCGCGGGAGCCCAGCAUCGACCUGCUGGGGGCCUUUGUGGAGCACUGGAAGGGCAUCACACACUACUACAUCGAAAGCACAGAUGAAAACACCCCAGCCAAGAAAACAGAUAUUCCCUGGCGCUUGAAGCAGAUGCUGGACAUCCUGGUGUACGAGGAGAGGCAGCAGGCAGCGGCCGGCGAGGCGGGGCCCUGUCUGGAGUACCUGCUGCAGCACAAGAUCCUGGAGACGCUGUGCACGCUGGGCAAGGCUGAGUACCCGCCAGGCAUGCGGCAGCAGGUGCUCCAGUUCUUCAGCAGGGUGCUGGCCCAGGUGCAGCACCCGCUCCUGCAUUACCUCAGCGUCCACAGGCCUGUGCAGAAACUUCUCCAGCUUGGUGGGACAGUUCCUGGAUCCCUCACAGAAAAGGAAGAGGUACAGUUCACCACUGUCCUCUGCUCCAAGAUCCAGCAGGAUCCAGACCUGCUCACCUACAUCCUGGAAGGUAAGAUUGUCAGUAGGAAGAAAGCGUCCAGAGAACCCUCCGCCCUGCCUAGAGAGGCAGCCAGCGUCAAAGACAAGGAGCACCCCCACAGCAAGGCUCCUGACAGGGCUUCCUGUGGGACCCGGGCCUUGACCACCCAGCUGCCUGCUGAGACCCAGGAGCCAGAUGGAGGGCCUGGGGAGGGCAGCCUGAUCACCUCCCUGAUUGGGCUGUGCAAGAGCAAGAAGAGUCGGGUGGCCCUGAAGGCCCAGGAGAACCUACUGCUCCUGGUGAGCGUGGCUUCCCCAGCAGCCGCCACCUGCCUGGUGCAGAGCAGCCCUUGCUGCCCUGCAAUUGUCGAGCAUCUGUGCCGGCUGUACCGCUCCGUGCCCACCUUCCUGGACCCUGCGGACAUUGCCACGUUAGAGGGCAUCAGCUGGAGGUUACCCAGCGCCCCGUCUGAUGAGGCCUCCUUCCCUGGCAAGGAGGCCUUGGCUGCCUUCUUGGGCUGGUUUGAUUACUGCGACCACCUCGUCACAGAGGCACACCCGGUGGUUGCAGAUGCCUUGGCAAAGGCUGUGGCUGAGAAGUUAUUCAUGGAGAUUCUGCAGCCCCAGCUCCUGCACGUGUCUGAGCAGAGCGUCCUGACAUCCACCGCCCUGCUCACGGCCAUCCUGCGCCAGCUCCGCCCCGCUGCGCUGCUGCGGGAGGCCGUGGCCUUCCUCCUGGGCCCCGACCAGCAGGCCGCAGCCCCCGAGGACAGCCCCCGCACUCUGUGCUCCCACCUCAUCGGGCACUGUGACCAUCUCUCUGAUGAGAUCAGUGUCGCCACCCUGCGGCUGUUUGAGGAGCUGCUCCAGAAGCCCCAUGAGCAGAUCAUCCGCAGCCUGAUCCUGUGCAACCUCGAGGGCCGCCCGUAUGUGGCCCGGGGCUCACCGGAGCCUGAGAGUUACGAGGACACCCUAGAUCUGGAGGAAGACCCCUACUUCACUGACGGCUUCCUCGACUCCGGGUUUCAACCCUCCACAAAACCUCCCCCAGCCCCUGCCACCAACUCAGAUGGCAGAACAGCAGUGACCGAGAUCGUCAACAGUUUCCUCUGCCUAGUUCCUGAGGAAGCAAAGACCUCAGCUUUCCUGGAGGAGACCGGAUAUGACACGUACGUCCACGAUGCUUACGGACUGUUCCAGGAAUGCAGCUCCCGAGUCGCCCCCUGGGGCUGGCCUCAGAGUCUCACACCCUUGGACCCCCAUGAGCCCGAAAGGCCUUUCUUUGAGGGUCACUUCCUCCAAAUGCUGUUUGACCGAAUGUCCCGGAUUUUGGAACAGGCAGGAGGCCCCAUCUCGCCUCUGCUUUACACGCCCGAACACGUUUUGGCCCUCAGCCUCAGGGAAUCCAUGACACAUUCGCAUCACCCAUACAGCCUGAACCUGCAAGUGACCUCAGUCCUGUCCCGGCUUGCCCUCUUCCCCCACCCCCACAUCCACGAGUACCUCCUGGAUCCCUACAUCAACCUGGCCCCUGGCUGCAGGAGCCUGUUCUCAGUCCUUGUCAGGGUGAUCGGGGACUUGAUGCAGAGAAUUCAGAGGGUACCCCAGUUCCCAGGCAAACUGCUCCUGGUGCGCAAGCAGCUGAUGGGUCAGGUCCCUGGGGAGCAGCUGGACCACCAGACCCUCCUUCAGGGCGUGGUAGUACUUGAGGAAUUCUGCAAGGAGCUGGCUGCCAUUGCUUUUGUCAAGUUCCCCCCACAUGGUCCUCACGUGCACCUCUCCCCACCCUCAGAAGGGCAUGUCUGAGCCAGGAGCAUGGCAGGAGGAGAGACUCCUGUCUGCAUCUCUGCCCAAGAGCUGCCUCCUAUCUGGCAGUGCCACUGGUACUGUCUCCUCUGCAUCCCAGAGGCCUCAGCCUGGGAGGCUCCCAGGCUAUCUCAAGAAGACCUUGCCUCGUUGGGCACACCAAGCUGGGCUUUAGGGGGUGGGUCUCCAAGAUACCAGAAACCAAGGGGCAUUCUUUUGAGAUAUCCUCCUGGGCAGAAUGGUGUCCUCAGGGCCUUCUCAGGGGAGCUGGGUGAUGGCCAGGUGAGCACCCAGACCCUCUGUGCCUAUCACUUGCCCCUACAGGCCAUUUGUGGCCGGGGCCAAGACCUGUGACUCAAUGCCAGGGGCACGAGGUGGGGUGAGCUGAUGGCUCUGAGGCCGAUCAGUGCCACAGGCCAGAGAGUUGGGGGCAUGGAGCUGCCUCUGCCACACUAGGUACCACAGUUGCUGCUGAGACUUGACGUAUUUUCUCCUGUCUUCGCUUAACCCUUGGGGAAAGGGCAGUGGGCUGCAGGGGAAGCCCCCUCUUCCUGGAGACUGUUGCAAAUUCCCAACUGCCUCAUGGCAAAUGCCCAAAGAUGCUCCGCACCCAGGCGGGGGCAGCUGCUAAUGAGAGCCCUGAUGCAGCUGCAGCCAGGGCAGGAGAGGGCCUGGGGAGCUGGGGGCUGGGUGCCAGGCUCCCGCUCCAGCUGCUUUCUCUCUGGCGCCUUCUGAACCUGUCUCAGCAGGUCCACACACCUGGGCAGAGGGGCUCAGAGACCGGGAGGCCAGGCCUCGCCCUCAGCAUUCUGCCAAGCCCCCAGUGUUCUCAGUGGAACAUUCUUCUAGGGGAGCAAGGGAGCUCAGGGUACAGAUGAGGCCGGGAUGCCCAAUGACAACAGGCCCCCAAGGCCUGGAUGGGAGCGGCUGGGGCACAGGCAGCCAGUCAUGGUAUUCUCCCUGCAUGCCCUCCAUGGCCAGGGCUGCCACCCCACCCGGCCCGAAUCUGUCUCGACCUGCAGGAACACACAGGUGGCGCCAGGCAUUACCUCACAGCAAGACUGCAGUUGCUGGCUUGGCUCCUGGGCAAGGAGGAGCAGGCCAGAGCCCCUUUCGCUUCCUUUUCCUGCCCAUGCCGCUUGUAGAAGCUGGCCGCAGGUUGCCAAGAGGUGACAUGAAAGAAAAGAAACUCAAUGACUUCUCUCCUGCAUUCCUCCGAGCUGGGGAGGACUUUGCUGCUCUGAAGGACACCGAGCAUGUGCAUGCAUGCCUGUGUGUGCACGUGGGUGUUGGUGUGGGACAGGAGAGUGGAGCUCAGUCGGGGAACUGGGGCUGGACUCUUCGAUUCCGAAGACAUUUAAGCAAUGUUCAAGCGUCCAGGAGUCACACAUCCUCCUUCAUCGAUGUCUUUCGUCAGCAUUUGCACAGUGUCCCCCUACACAGCAUGGCAAUAAAUGUGGUUCCGUGGACACAGCC